AUGGAGCCCGCUCCAGCGCCGCCGCAGCCGCAGCCGCGGUUGAUCGAGCUUGUCCGGAGAGCGUGCGACUUCGCCGCUUUCCGGGAGCUCUUCAUGCGUUUCUUGCGCGCGUGCGGUGCUGAGCGCGGCCAGCCAAGAACGGCGGCUGGGGACAAGGAGGAGGAGGAGGAGGAAAUGAAGGCGGACAAGGAGGCGGAGGCGGACACGCAGGAGGAGCAAAUGAAGGCGGCCAAGAAGGCGGCCAAGAAGGCCAAGAAGCGGGAGAAGAAGGACAAGAGGGACGCCGACAAUGCAGCGGCGGCCAACAAGGCCAAGAAGGCCAAGAAGGCCGCCAAGAAGACGGCCAAAGCCGCGGCCAAAGAAGCCGACAAGGCGGCCGUCCUCGACGAGGCCGCCAUUGCCAAGUCCUUCGCCUCCACGUCGACCAAGGCGGGACGCGCCCCCAAUCCCGGCCACCGCGCCCUGGACCGCGCCUGCGCCUCCAACACCGCCAAGACCGCGUCGCCACCGGACCGCGCUCCAAACGCCGCCCGCACCCUCAAGGCCGCCGCCGACUCCAACGGCCGCGCCAAGGCGGGACGCGCCACCGACCCCGGCCACCACGCCCUCCACCGUGCCUGCGACGCCAAGGACAAGGUGCAGACCGUCUUCGCCGCCUCGCCACGGGAUGGCGCUCUCAAUGCCGCCACCGACUCCAACGGCCGCGCCAAGGACGCGCCGUCUUCUGCCACGUCCGCCUCGCCUGCAUCGGCCGGGCCAUCCUGCACUCCUCGGCCUCAGCCUCAGCCUGAGGUAUGA